AUGGAGCUAUCGGAUCUCAACCCGGUUGGAGCUGAGUCCGUAGGUUUGGGUCCCUGCUCCGGCCGAAUGGCGGCUGAGCUGUACUGCCCCCCCCCCUCCCCGCUGGGGGACUCCCUGCUGGACAGCCCUCUGUGUGGAGACCUGAUGGAGGACCUGCAGGACAUCUCCCGCUCCAUCGGGGGGGACAGUCUGGGCUUCGAUCUGACCGAGUACGAGAGCAGCGGCUCCGGGGGGAAGAGCUCCGUCAGCCUGUCGGCCGCUGAGGCUUUGACCCCGGCCUCCAGCCCUUUGUCCGGGGUGUGUGACCCGGGGGACGCCCCCCCCCCCCUCAGCCUGGACUGUAGGGUGUGCUCGGACAAAGCCUCGGGCUUCCACUACGGCGUGCACGCCUGCGAGGGCUGCAAGCCCCUCAUCAUCCAUGACAUGGAGACCUUCCAGUUGGCUGAGAGGACUCUGGCGGUCCACAUGGUGAGGGGUCAGCUGCCGGAGGCGGGCGGCGAGCCGGCGGCCGGGCCCCUGGUUCCCAUGGCAACGGCAACGGCGGCGGCGUGCGAGCAUCUCCAGCAGAGGGAGGCGGAAACGCGGCUGUUCUACUGCUGCCAGAGCACCUCAGUGGAGACGGUCACCCAACUGACCCAGUUCGCCAAAGCUGUGCCCGGGUUCCAGAGCCUGGACCUCAACGACCAGGGCUUCUUUCGGAGGACCAUUCGGCUGAAACUGGAAUACGAUAAAUGUGAACGCAGCUGCAAAAUACAGAAGAAGAACCGGAACAAGUGCCAGUUCUGCAGAUUCAACAAGUGCCUGUCUGUGGGGAUGUCCCACAACGCCAUCCGCUUCGGGCGGAUGCCCCAGGCGGAGAAGCUGAAGCUGAAGGAGGAGAGCCGGGGGGGGGAGCAGGAGCUGCAGGGCCCCAUGGAGGCCGACCACAGGCUGCUGGUGCGGGAGAUCCACAGAGCCUACAUGAAGAACUUCAACAUGAACAAAGCCAAAGCACGCCUCAUUCUGACCGGAAAGACCAGCCAGCCGCCCCUCAUCAUCCAUGACAUGGAGACCUUCCAGUUGGCUGAGAGGACUCUGGCGGUCCACAUGGUGAGGGGUCAGCUGCCGGAGGCGGGCGGCGAGCCGGCGGCCGGGCCCCUGGUUCCCAUGGCAACGGCAACAGCGGCGGCGUGCGAGCAUCUCCAGCAGAGGGAGGCGGAAACGCGGCUGUUCUACUGCUGCCAGAGCACCUCGGUGGAAACGGUCACCCAACUGACCCAGUUCGCCAAAGCUGUGCCGGGCUUCCAGAGCCUGGACCUCAACGACCAGGUGACCCUUCUGAAAUACGCCGUGUACGAGGCGCUCUUCACGCUGCUGGCCUCCUGCAUGAACAAGGACGGGCUGCUGGUGGCCCGCGGGGGGGGCUUCAUCACCCGGGAGUUCCUGAAGAGCCUGCGGCGCCCGUACGGAGACAUGAUGGAGCCCAAGUUCCAGUUCGCCACGCGCUUCAACGCGCUGGACCUGGACGACAGCGACCUGGCGCUGUUUGUGGCCGCCAUCAUCUGCUGUGGAGACCGGCCCGGGCUGGUGGACGCCCCCCCGGUGGAGCAGCUCCAGGAGAGCAUCGUCCAGGCGCUGCAGCUCCACCUAGUGGCCAACCACCCCGACAACGCCUUCCUGUUCCCGCGCCUGCUGCAGAAGCUGGCCGACCUCCGCGAGCUGGUCACCGAGCACGCUCAGUUGGUCCAGGAAAUCAAGACGAAGGAGGACACGUCCCUGCACCCGCUCCUCCAGGAAAUCUACAGAGACAUGUACUGA